AACCCCUAAUAAACACACAAGAGCUCCUCAAUCUCAAAGUUCAAAACCCCAACACCUCCCACCUUCCCUUCAUCUCUUUCAAAGCUUCAACAAUGGAAGAAGACCAACAACCUCAAACCCUAACCCUAACUCCAACCCCAUCUCCCAAACCAGUAAAACGAAACCUUGUAAGCUCUCUAAUGGAAGCCGCCACUUCCACUCUCCUCCCUCGUUCCUCCUCCUUCAAAGAAGACUCUUAUAUCUCCUCCUCUCUCACCUCCUCUCAACUCAAAUCCCUCCAAGACCUCAAACACCUCCUCUCCUCCUCCUCCUCCCCUUCCUCUUCUCCACUCUCCAUCUUCAACAUCCCUCUCCUUCCCUUCUCCGACCGCUCCGACGUCAUCCUUCUUAAAUUCCUCCGUGCCCGUGACUUCAACCCAACUCUCGCCCACUCCAUGCUUCUCCGCUGCUCCUCCUGGCGUUCCUCCUUCAAUGCCGACACUCUCGCCACCGCCUCCUCCGACGAGCUCGGCUUCAAAGACCUUGAAUCUCUCGUCGCCUUCAUGCAUGGCCAUGAUCGCUCCGGCCACCCUGUUUGCUAUAACGCUUAUGGCCUCUUUAAAGACAAAGCUAUAUAUGACCGUGUCUUUGGUGACGCUGAUAAGCUCUCACGUUUCCUCCGGUGGCGCGUCGCCGUCAUGGAACGCGGCGUCCGGUUGCUGGACCUCCGUCCCGGCGGCAUCAACUCCAUCAUUCAAGUCACUGAUCUCAAAGACAUGCCCAAGAGAGAGCUCCGUGUUGCUUCCAACCAAAUCCUUUCUCUCUUCCAAGAUAAUUAUCCUGAGAUGGUUGCCAGAAAGAUUUUUAUCAAUGUGCCAUGGUAUUUUAGUGUUUUGUACUCAAUGAUAAGUCCAUUUUUGACUGAGAGAACCAAGAGCAAGUUUGUCAUUGUAAGAGAAGGCUACGUAGCUGAGACACUCUACAAGUUUAUUAGGCCGGAGUUUGUGCCGGUUCAGUAUGGUGGUUUGAGCAGGCCUGGGGACUUUCAGUCAGGUGCACCAAAACCGGCUUCGGAGUUCACUAUCAAAGGUGGUGAGAAAGUUAACCUUGAGAUUGAUGGCAUUGAGAGUGGGGCAACGAUAUCGUGGGAAAUAGUGGUGGGAGGAUGGGAUCUGGAGUAUGGGGCGGAGUACGUGCCACGGUCCGAAGGGAGUUACACGAUAGCAGUGGAGAAGACACGUAGGAUUCCUGCGAGUAUGGAGGAACCGGUGCAUAACGUGUUCAAUUGUAAGGAGCCCGGGAAGCUGGUGCUGUCCAUAGAUAACACCGGAUCUAGGAAGCGGAAGGUCGCGGCUUAUCGUUACUAUGUUCGUAAAGCUUAAGUUUAGUUUAUAGUUUUAGUUUUUACUAGUGAUCAGUUGUUAUUGCUGGUUGGGUUUUAUGUAACUUUAGCAAUAAACACCUUGUUUUUGUUGGUAAUA